UGAGCUAUCUGAUGUAUGGACCGUUCAGUUCCUUUGCUCCUGGCUAUGAUUCAACCUUUGCUAACCUGAGUAAAGAAGAAUCGGAUCUUAUCUACAGCACCUAUGGAGAUGAGGACGCAGUCAAAUAUGCAAAAAGUAUCCAGGAGUAUGUAAAGGAUAGCGGUGAUCAUGUGAACAAAAUGGUUGACAGUCUCCUAGACUCGCUUACCGAUGGAGAGCAUAGCAAGACAAAAGAACACAUCAAACAGAAUCAUGAAUUGAAAGACUUCCAAGCUGGGCUAGGAGAUGCAGGAAGCAAGACAACAGACAGUGCAGGAGGAAAAACUUCAAAUCAAGAUGACAAGAUUGACUUUGAAGGUCUUAAAUCUCUGGCUGAUGAAGGGAUUGACAUGUCAUUCCUGCCAGGUUUAGAGAAAGAGAUGGCCAUGAUGGACAAGAUACAGAGUGAGACAGAGAAAGAGGUUGAUCAGAAGCUUGGUAAGACUGCACAGCUCAUCAGGGAUCUAGAACGAAGUCAGAAUGAGCGUCUCAAUCGCAAACCUCCUCCUCAUCUUCAGUAUAUCCAAGGUCCAUCGGAUCAAGAGCAUGCCAUAGCUGAAAAACUUACUCAACAACUCAAGGAACUCACUGCCAAGACAUUACCAGGUCACCUGGUUCCUACUGAGUCUGUUCGUAAAGCUAUGGGUAUCACUAUGGAGCCACUGUUAGAUUCACCACCGCCCUCUAUAGCUACCUCACAGACUGCUCCCAGCGAAACUACAGAGGGCAGUGCAGGUCUACCUGACGACAAUGCCCUGCCGGAUGACAUCGCUAAGGAGCUUGAGGCGGAUGAUACCGGUACCACCGGGGAUGAGGAAGGAAAGGGAGAUGAUGACGAUGUUGAUGCUGAGGUUGGAGAUGAACUCUUGGAGCUGUUGCGGGACAAAGAUGAGGGAUCGUAGAAAACAAUACCUGACCUUUUCUUGAAGGCCCUAUUGCCACAUAGAUGACAUUCUUCUCUGUUUUUUUGUUUUGUUCUAUAUAUCUUGUUUUUUCAUGCCAACUUACAUGUAAAAGGCAAAUGCAAAAUGUGAUGUAGUCUUUUAUACAUAGCAUUCAUUCAUUUAUGUAAUACCUUAGUAACACCUAUGAGACUGACGCUAGUUAGACAGGCCGCAACAUACCAGCUUGAUUAAAGCACAGUAUUAAGUGAUCAUGCUUCUACGUCUCUGUGAGGCUCAAAGGCACUGUCAAGUGUGUGGGGUGACCUUGGACGGUGCGACAGUCUCACAGAGAUGCAGAAUCCUGAUGACUCAAUACUGUGCUUUACUCAAGCUGCUGCAUAUCCUGAGCUAACCAUGUUAUUACCUCAAAUGGCCAAGAUCUGGAAUCUGUCACUUUUGUAUAAGUUUGGAUUUAGGCUAGUGUAGUGGAGGUGUCCUGGUCUAGUGGAAACGUCACCUGACUGUGGAUCACAUGGUUCACAGGUCAAGUCCUGCCGUGGCACUUUUGCCUUUGACAAGACAUUAAUCUACAUUUACCACAAUCAGCUCAGGUUAGGUAAAUGGGUACCUGGUAGGAAUUCCUUGAAAUGCUAUAGUGCCGGGUUUGAUAAUUUGUUCCCAUUUUUCACGAAGUGACGGUAAUGAGGAAAAUCCGCACACAAAUCGUAUGCGAUUUUCAUUCACUACCGUCACUUCGUGAAAAUAGGGACGAAUUGUUGAGUGCCAGGAGUGUCAAAUCUGACAGACAUGAGCGCAAUACAAGAACCCACUGUUAUUAUUAUUGUUGUUAUUAUUAUUAAACCAUAAUUAAACAAUGUUUGCAUGCAACGAUCGAAGCCCAGAAGUCAGCCAUGUACAUAUCAAUGUCCUCAUUAACUCAUUGCCAUGCACUGGCAACUAAAUUUUGUGUAUUCUUUAUGUUUUAUUCAUCAUUUUUUUGUAUAAACAGCUUGCCUUACUGAUGACUUUGCUUGUCCAAACCUUAGAUUAUUGUUGAUAGUGUAGGCCUACAAUCAUUUAAUUAAAUUAUUGAGCAUGGUAUCCUGUGUGGAGGAUGUUUCCAACCAAGUGAUAUUUGGAUGAAAAUGCCAUGUUUUGUAAAUGUACCUGUAUUUAUGUAAUAAAAGCCAUUCCAUGUACAGAUAA